AUGCCCUUUUUACGCCAGGAUAUUGAAAGGCCACCAUCAGGUGAUGAGCGGCCGGGCACCAUGAUGUCCAUGAUGUCCAGACAAAAGGAGCUGCCUCGUCUGCCCGUGGCACCUCUGCACGAGUCGCUCACGCGGUACCUGGAAUCCUUGGAGCCGCUGCUGAGUCAGACUGAGCUAGACCACGCCAGAGAGAGCCUCGAUGAUUUUAAAAGGCCAAACGGUGAUGGUGAAAAGUUGUAUAAACUGCUCAGAGCGAAAGCUUCUGCAAAGAAAAAUUGGCUUUCAGACUGGUGGGUGGAGGAAUUCUUUAUGAAGAAAAGGCAACCUGCGGCUUGGUAUUAUUGUCCAGUAACAGCGCUUCCAAAACAGAGGUUCAACGCAAAAAUCGACCAACUCAGACACGCCGCCCUGCUAGUUGCUGGGGCCUUGCGCUUCAAACACCUCAUAGACACGCAACGCAUGGAAAUUGAAAUGAAAGGAACGAAGCCUCUAGACAUGUCGCAGUAUCAAAGGAUGUUCACCACGUAUCGAGUACCUCUUCAAGAUUGUGAUCGACUGGAGCGGACCUCACCACCUAAUGAGCCAUCCAAAGAUGUGCUGGUUAUCCACAACAAUCAGUAUUUCACAUUUAAUGUCUACGAAACGGAUGGAUGCCCCAUCGACGAACGCGAGAUCCUGCAGCUGCUGCUAAGAGUUGUGGAAAUGUCGCCGGAGGCCGAUGUCGGUAUUGGUAUUCUGACAACGGACCGCAGAGACGUCUGGGCUGAAUCGCACAAAAGGCUUUGUCAGGAUUCCAAGAACGCAACGUGUGUGGAAGCAAUCCGGAAGGCCGUCUUAGUGCUGUGCUUAGACCGCCCACUGAACACUUCAGAGCCGUACGAGGUGGCCUGUCCUCAGCAGAUGUUCAUGGGCGGAAGGGAUGGAGAGAACGCAGCCAACCGCUGGUGCGAUAAGUCUCUCCAGUUCAUCGUAGGUGAAGAAGGUUACAGCGCGCUCUUGUCCGACCACUCGCCCAUGGAUGGCCCAGUUGUGACUGCCUUGGUUGACCACUGCUACGAUUACAUACUUCAGCAUGAGCAUUUUGACCCAACAUCGAACGCCUUAAAAGAUAUUCCGAAAAAGCUGGAGUUUCAACUAAGCUGGGAAACGUUGCAAGACAUCGAGAAAGCCAAGGCUUCACAUGCAAGGUUCAGGGAUGAACUGGAUGUGCUCAUCUACAAGUUUCAAAACUAUGGCAAAGACUUCGUGAAAUCGCGCAACAUGAGCCCGGACAGCUUCGUGCAGAUGGCACUGCAGCUGUCAUUCUACAAGAUCCACAAAGUUCCAUGCGCGGUGUAUGAGAGCGUUUCAACGCGCGAGUUUCUUCACGGGCGGACAGAAGUAGUCCGUGGAACCUCGUCGCAGAGCCUCAACUUCUGCAGAGCGUUCGAAAGUCCGAACUCUACCAGGGAAGAAAAAGAGCACAGCCUCAGGAAAGCCGUCGCAAAGCACAAGCACGAUGCAAAUCUGGCGAGCAGUGGGCUCGGUGUGGACAGGCUCUUUUUCGGUCUGAAGAUGACUGCGAGAGAACAUGGAAUCCCCCUUCCUCCCUUCUUCAGCGAACAAGCCUACCGUGUCAGCUCCCACUUUCGCCUCGCUACAAGCCAGGUGUCCGCUCGGUGCGAUGCUGUCAUGAUGGUCGCCCCGUUAGCCAGAGACGGCUACUGCGUCUUCUAUAACGUCCUCAAGGAUUCCUUCAACUUUGGCGUGUCCUGCUUCAACAGCUGUCCCGAAACCUCGGCUGUCCGGUUCAAGGAAGCGCUCGAGCAAAGCCUGACAGAGAUGCGAAACUGCGUCGCGCAGUCAAACCCGGCUGUCGAAGCUCGAACCUAGCAACAUUGAAGACAACCUGUUUG